AUGGCAACAAAAUUAGCAAGACAUUCUCGUAUUUAUUUUACUACUAGUCCAAGAUCUGUUGCAAAUUUUACAGAAGCUAAUAAUCCAUUACCUACCGCAAGAGUUAGACCCAGAUUUUUAGGAUUUUAUAAUACUCAAGUAUUACCAAAAAGAAGAUUAGAUGCAUCUCAAGUUGUAAAUUUAUUCUCUGAUUCAAUCGCCAAUUCACCUAAAGAAGAAGAAAAAACUAUUGAUAAAUUAACAAAAUCAUCAUCUUUAUCAUCAUUAUUACCAAUGAAGUCAAUGAAAAUAUCAACAACACCAACAACAUUACAAACAACAUCUACAACAUCAGCAACAUCAACAACAUUAGCAACAUCAGCUUCCCCUUCUGAACAAAAACCAGUGAAAGUGAAUCCUCAUAAAUUUAUUCCUCAUAAAUCUGUUAAUCUUCUUAAUAAUAAUGAUAAUUUAAAGAGCGAUAAUAAUAAUAAUUUAAAAAGUGAAAAUAAUAAUUUAACGAGUGAUAAUCAAAAGAAAGCUAAGGCUGAAAAUGAUAAUCAAACGAAUACUAAUGAUAAUGAAAAGAAUAUCAGUGAAAAAAAGAAUUUGAGUGAAAAUAAUAAUAAUGAGAAGACUGAUAAGGAAAAGAAAAAUGAAAAUAAUAAUGAAAAGAAUAAUGAAAAUGAUAAUAAUAAUAAGAAUGAUAAAUCACCAAAUCGUGAAGAAUUGGAACAUACAGUAGAACAAUUAAAUUGGUAA